GCCCAUAACCCAAUGCACCCAUGGUUCUUCACUUCUUCUUCUUCCUCAUCUGACUUCUGUAAUGCAAGAGAGAUUCGAACAAGCAAAGCCUUUCAAGAUCUCUCUGAUUUACUCUCUUCUCUGGGAUCCUUGGAUCGAAUCCCUCACCCCAUUAUUAUCCUACAAUACGGUGAAAGAAAGCUGGAACUGACUGGUAAAAGAUGCAGAGCAGUAACCCACAUGGAGAAGGGAAGUUUCAAGUUCGAAAAUUAGAGAUAUCCGACAAGACCAAGGGAUUCAUAGAGCUAUUGCAGCAACUAAGUGUUUGUGAUUCCAUCUCAGAUAUGGAAUUCGAAGAACGAUUUCAAGAGAUAAGCUCCUAUGGUGAUGACCAUUUUAUCUGUGUAAUUGAAGAUGAUCUGUCUGGGAAGAUUAUUGCGACUGGGAGCAUAUUCAUUGAAAAGAAGUUCCUGAGAAAUUGUGGCAAAGUUGGGCACAUUGAAGAUGUUGUUGUUGAUUCCAACGCACGAGGGUUGCAAUUAGGGAAACGGAUUGUUGAGUACCUCACUGAGCAUGCUCAUGCAUUAGGUUGUUAUAAAGUGAUUCUUGAUUGCAGUCUUGAUAACAAAACUUUUUAUGAGAAAUGUGGCUUCAAACAGAAAGAAAUUCAGAUGGUGAAGUAUUUCAUUUGAGGAGAAAAAUCCUUCUUAGUUUUGACUUUUGACAUGUAAGCUUGACAGCAAUUCUGAUCAAAAUGAAGUUUCUCUCUUCAGUACUUUUUUU